CAACUGUCAAGUCCCAAAGAAACAUCAAGCCUCCAAUUCUGUUAGCUUCUUGAUCCCCCAAAAAAUAAAAAAGCCAUGCAAGGGUAGUUUCGGGAAAUGAAAAAAGCAAAAAAAAAACAGAAAAAUAAUAACUAUAUUUUAGUCCAGGACACGCAUAGAAGGAAAGAUAGAGGUAUGGAUCCGGAGGUCUUCACGGCAAGUUUGUUCAAGUGGGACCCCCGAGCACUGGUACCAGCACCGAACCGUCUGUUCGAAGCGGUGGCUCCACCGCUCCAUCCGGGGACAGCACAUGCUGUGAGGCCGAGGGAGCUGUGUGGGCUGGAGGAGUUGUUUCAGGCUUAUGGGGUAAGGUAUUACACGGCUGCGAAGAUAGCAGAGCUUGGAUUCACUGUGAGCACACUUUUGGACAUGAAGGACGAAGAGAUUGAUGAGAUGAUGAACAGUUUAUCUCAGAUUUUCAGGUGGGAUCUUCUUGUUGGGGAAAGAUAUGGUAUAAAGUCGGCGGUCAGAGCUGAGAGGAGGAGGCUAGAGGAGGAGGAUUCCCGGCGUAGACAUCUACUAUCAGGGGAUACUACCAAAGCUAUCGAUGCUCUCUCCCAAGAAGGGUUAUCAGAGGAGCCAAUGCAGAAAGAGAAGGAAGCGGCAGGGAGCGGCGGAGGUGGAAUGUCGGAGGUGGCAGCAGGAGAGAGAAAGCAGCAGCAGCAGCGACGGAGGAAGGGGCAGAGGAAGGUUGUGGAUAUUGAUCAGGAUGAUGAAAACGAGAACGAUGAAAAUGGUGGUGCAGGUGGGUAUGAGAGACAGCGCGAGCACCCAUUUAUUGUGACGGAGCCUGGGGAAGUGGCACGUGGGAAAAAGAACGGCCUCGAUUACCUCUUCCAUCUCUACGAGCAGUGCCGUGAAUUCUUGAUACACGUCCAGAGCUUUGCCAAGGACCGCGGAGAAAAAUGCCCCACCAAGGUGACAAAUCAGGUGUUCAGGUACGCCAAGAAGGCUGGAGCCAGCUACAUCAACAAGCCCAAAAUGAGACAUUAUGUGCACUGCUAUGCCCUUCAUUGCCUUGACGAGGAGGCCUCCAAUGCACUGAGGAGAGUUUUCAAGGAAAGAGGAGAAAAUGUUGGAGCUUGGAGACAGGCAUGCUAUAAGCCACUUGUUAACAUAGCAGCAAGUCAAGGUUGGGAUAUUGAUGCUAUUUUCAAUGCACAUCCUCGUCUCGCCAUUUGGUAUGUGCCCACCAAGCUUCGUCAACUCUGUCAUGCAGAGCGCAACAGUGCUGCUCCCUCAAGCUGUGUCUCUAGUGGGGGUGAUCACUUGCCUUUCUAAGGCUUCGUGGUUUUGGAGAAUUUUAUUUUCUCUAGAGCUUAGUUGUAGUUUGUGUUGCUGUUGUUGUACGUUAGAACAAGUGCAUUUCACAUCCAUAAUUUACAAUGUAAGGAUGAGCUAUUUUCAUUGAU